CUCCACAGGAGAAAUUGGAGUCUACUUGUUCGCUGGAUUGCUUGAUAUAUUUUGUUGCUAGUUUCCCGUGAUAAAAAGCAAGCAAAAAGAGAAUGCUUGUGCUCUAAAGGAAAGGAGCAAGAAUGAGCACACAGCUCUACUGCAGGCAUUUUUUUAGAGCAUGCUGUCCCUUUCUCUGUAAUACGGUGCAGCCCUCCCCUGAGCAGCAGCAAGCAGUCUGAUUGCUCUCAUUCAACACAUUUGGUAUGCAUGAGCACAACCAAUCCAAGCUGGGAAGGUGUUUUCUUACGGAGGAUCAGUGGCUAAAGCAAAUCAGUGGCUAAAGCACUUUGUCAGAUUUUCAGUCAAGUUAAAAGAGACAUCUGGCUAAUGGAAUUGCAGGUGUGGACCCCUAAUGGACAUGGAAUUUCAGCCCAGUGGAAGAGCAUUUGUUUUUUAGACAUUGGUAAGGUUUGUGUUUCAUUAUUCCAGUGGAAUAUUUGAGGGUCAUGAGUCAAAGUGAUGCUCCCCGACCACUAAAUUGGACCAUUCGGAAGCUCUGCCAUGCUGCCUUUCUCCCAUCUGUCAGACUACUUAAGGCUCAGAAGUCAUGGAUAGAGAGAGCGUUUUACAAAAGGGAAUGCGUCCAUAUAAUACCCAGCAUCAAAGACCCCCAUAGGUGUUGCUGUGGGCGCCUAAUAGGUCAACAUGUGGGACUUACUCCAAGUAUCUCCAUUAUUCAGAAUGAGAAAAAUGAAAACCGGCUCGCUCGAAAUGACAUCCAGUCAGAGAAGUGGUCAGUCGGCAAGCACACACAACUCAGCCCCACGGAUGCCUUUGGAACCAUUGAGUUUCAAGGAGGUGGUCAUUCAAAUAAAGCCAUGUAUGUGCGGGUGUCUUUUGACACAAAACCUGAUCUUCUUCUACACUUGAUGACCAAGGAAUGGCAGCUUGAACUACCGAAGCUCCUCAUCUCAGUACAUGGAGGUCUCCAGAAUUUUGAGCUGCAACCAAAACUGAAACAAGUAUUUGGGAAAGGCCUCAUUAAAGCUGCUAUGACAACUGGAGCAUGGAUAUUUACAGGAGGAGUAAAUACAGGAGUUAUUCGGCAUGUUGGUGAUGCACUGAAAGACCAUGCUUCAAAAUCUAGAGGAAAGAUCUGCACUAUUGGAAUAGCUCCCUGGGGAAUUGUAGAAAAUCAGGAGGACCUGAUUGGCAAGGAUGUAGUCCGACCGUAUCAAACAAUGUCCAAUCCAAUGAGUAAGCUGACAGUACUCAACAGUAUGCAUUCUCAUUUUAUUCUGGCUGAUAAUGGAACCACAGGAAAAUAUGGUGCAGAGGUUAAACUUCGCAGACAGUUGGAAAAGCACAUCUCCCUUCAGAAGAUAAAUACAAGGAUUGGUCAAGGAGUACCAGUAGUGGCCCUCAUUGUAGAAGGUGGACCCAAUGUCAUCUCCAUCGUCCUGGAAUAUCUGCGUGAUACACCCCCAGUUCCAGUUGUAGUAUGUGAUGGGAGUGGCCGAGCAUCUGACAUCCUUGCAUUUGGUCACAAAUACUCAGAAGAAGGAGGGCUUAUCAAUGAAUCUCUAAGAGACCAAUUACUUGUUACUAUCCAGAAAACCUUCACCUACACUCGGACACAGGCUCAGCAUCUCUUCAUAAUCCUUAUGGAAUGUAUGAAAAAGAAAGAACUGAUUACAGUAUUUCGCAUGGGGUCAGAAGGACACCAGGAUAUUGAUCUGGCCAUCUUGACAGCUUUGUUAAAAGGAGCGAAUGCCUCUGCUCCAGAUCAACUGAGUUUGGCAUUAGCUUGGAACAGGGUAGACAUUGCUCGCAGCCAGAUUUUUAUUUAUGGACAACAGUGGCCGGUGGGGUCCCUUGAACAGGCAAUGUUGGAUGCCCUGGUGUUAGACAGAGUGGAUUUUGUGAAGUUACUCAUAGAAAAUGGAGUAAGCAUGCAUCGUUUUCUCACCCUCUCCAGACUAGAAGAGCUGUAUAAUACGAGACAUGGGCCAUCCAACACUUUGUAUCACCUUGUCAGAGAUGUCAAAAAGCGCGAAUAUCCAGGUUUCGGUUGGAUCUAUUUUAAGGGAAACCUACCACCAGACUAUAGGAUAAGUCUAAUUGAUAUUGGCCUGGUGAUUGAGUACCUGAUGGGAGGAGCUUAUCGCUGUAAUUAUACUCGAAAACGCUUCCGAACACUCUAUCACAACUUAUUUGGCCCCAAGAGACCCAAGGCCCUAAAACUUCUGGGAAUGGAGGAUGAUGUUCCACUACGGAGGGGAAGAAAGACCACUAAGAAACGAGAAGAGGAAGUGGAUAUAGAUCUAGAUGAUCCUGAGAUUAACCAUUUCCCUUUCCCCUUUCAUGAACUGAUGGUAUGGGCUGUCCUGAUGAAGCGCCAGAAGAUGGCUCUUUUCUUCUGGCAACAUGGAGAGGAAGCCAUGGCUAAGGCUCUGGUAGCCUGCAAACUCUGCAAAGCAAUGGCCCAUGAAGCAUCUGAAAAUGAUAUGGUGGAUGACAUAUCUCAGGAACUUAAUCACAACUCCAGAGAUUUUGGCCAGCUGGCAGUGGAGCUGCUGGACCAAUCCUACAAGCAGGAUGAACAGCUGGCUAUGAAACUGCUGACAUAUGAGUUGAAGAACUGGAGCAAUGCCACAUGCCUGCAACUUGCAGUGGCAGCCAAGCAUCGAGAUUUCAUUGCACACACGUGUAGCCAAAUGCUACUCACAGAUAUGUGGAUGGGGAGGCUUCGGAUGCGUAAAAACUCAAGUCUAAAGGUAAUUCUAGGAAUUCUACUUCCUCCUUCAAUUCUCAGCUUGGAGUUCAAAAACAAAGACGAUAUGCCUUACAUGUCUCAGGCUCAGGAGAUCCAUCUGCAAGAAAAAGAGCCGGAAGAGCCAGAAAAAACAGUAAAAGAAAAAGAAGAGGAAGAUAUGGAACUCACAGCCAUCAGCAAGAACUAUCCCCAGGAUCUUAUAUGCGGGCAGGCAGAAGGCUCUGCCUACAAGAACCACAAUUCAGGGAAGGAGACGACCGUAGGCACAAGAUCAACCUACAGGACCCCUAUGCAGGCAAUGUUGGGACGUAGCAGUGGAGAGUCAUCAGCAAGAAAGAAGGAAGAGGAGGAAGUUCCGAACAGAUAUAGAUUGAUCCCCUUUGGACGUAAAAUCUAUGAAUUCUACAAUGCACCAAUUGUUAAAUUUUGGUUCUAUACUAUGUUUUACGUUGGUUACCUGAUGCUGUUCAAUUAUAUCGUUUUGGUGAAAAUGGAACGUUGGCCUUCCAUGCAAGAGUGGAUAGUUAUCUCAUACAUAUUUACAAUGGGAAUAGAAAAGAUGAGAGAGAUAUUAAUGUCAGAACCUGGGAAACUACUGCAGAAGGUAAAGGUGUGGCUUCAAGAAUACUGGAAUGUUACCGACCUUAUUGCCAUCCUCUUAUUCUCGGUGGGCAUGGUGCUUCGCCUGCAGGAUCAACCGUUCAGGAGUGAUGGCCGGGUCAUAUAUUGUGUCAACAUUAUUUACUGGUAUAUCCGAUUGUUAGACAUCUUCGGGGUGAACAAAUAUUUGGGGCCAUAUGUAAUGAUGAUUGGGAAAAUGAUGAUAGAUAUGAUGUAUUUUGUCAUAAUUAUGUUGGUGGUUCUGAUGAGUUUUGGUGUUGCAAGGCAAGCAAUUCUCUUCCCCAAUGAAGAGCCAUCAUGGAAACUGGCAAAAAAUAUUUUUUACAUGCCCUAUUGGAUGAUCUAUGGGGAAGUGUUUGCAGACCAGAUAGACCGUAAGCAAGUUUAUGAUUCUCAUACACCAAAGUCAGCUCCAUGCGGUCAAAACGAAACUAGAGAAGAUGGUAAAAUAAUUCAGCUUCCUCCCUGCAAAACAGGAGCAUGGAUCGUUCCUGCCAUAAUGGCUUGCUAUCUUUUGGUUGCAAACAUCCUUCUGGUGAACUUACUGAUUGCAGUUUUUAACAACACAUUUUUUGAAGUUAAGUCUAUAUCAAACCAGGUAUGGAAGUUUCAGAGAUAUCAGCUUAUUAUGACCUUCCAUGAAAGACCAGUCUUACCCCCUCCGCUAAUCAUCUUCAGUCACAUGACCAUGAUAUUUCAGCACAUAUGCUGUAGAUGGCGGAAACACGACAGCGAUCCAGAUGAAGCAGACUAUGGGCUCAAACUUUUUAUAACAGAUGAUGAACUGAAGAAGGUUCAUGAUUUUGAAGAACAGUGCAUAGAAGAAUAUUUCAGAGAGAAAGACGAUAGAUUUAAUUCUUCCAAUGAUGAGAGAAUCCGUGUAACUUCUGAAAGAGUAGAGAAUAUGGCAAUGCGAUUAGAGGAAGUGAACGAACGAGAGCAUUGCAUGAAGGCCUCGCUUCAAACUGUCGAUAUACGGCUUGCUCAGCUGGAAGAUAUGAUUGGGCGAAUGGCCACAGCACUGGACAAAAUUAGUGGCGUGGACAAAGGAGAGGCCAGUAAGAUACGGUCUCGAACAUCUUCUGACUGUACUGACACAGCUUACAUUGUGAGGCAAAGUAGCUUCAACAGCCAGGAAGGGAACACAUACAAACUUCAAGAGAGUAUUGAUCCCACAGGGGAAGAAUCAAUGUCCCCCACCUCUCCAACGUUAACACCUCGACUGCGAAGUCACUCCUUCUAUGCGAUGAAUAUGAAGGAGAAGGGUGGGCUUGAGAAAUUUGAAACUAUUUUGAAAGAACGGUCUCUGAGCCUUCAUCGUGCCACUAGCUCUCACUCGGUCUCAAAAGAACCAAAAGUUUCAUUAAUGCCUGUAAGCACUUUGUCUAUUGCUCCAGAUUCUCGGAGGCCUUCCUCUUGCAUUGAUAUUUAUGUGUCUGCCAUGGAUGAGCUUCAGUCGGGAAUAGAGCCCCUGGACAGUUCAAUGAACAUCCUUGGGACCAGAGACCCCACUCUUCAAGCUCAGAUAACUUCCAGCGUUCUCUCGAGUAGUGCUUAUGUCAGUGGUACCUCUGGGGAUAGAAUAUCAGGCAGAAGUAUUGAGUAUGAAGAGCCUUCUUCAUUGGAAACGAGGGUGUUUUCUUCAGAUUAUUCCCAAAUCACAGACAGCCAAAACCCCUGGGAAUUGGAUCCCCCCCUAUAUCAUACCUUAGAGCGUUCUAAAAGUAGUCGAUACCUGGCUACAAGCCCCUUUAUUUUAGAAGAGGCACCUAUAGUAAAAUCUCAAAGUUUUAUGUUCUCUCCUUCCCGGAGUUAUUUCAGCAGCCUCGGAGUGCCGGUCAAAACAGCAGAGUACACUAGCAUUACCGACUGCAUUGAUACAAGGUGUGUCAGUGCUCCUCAAACCAUUGCAGAAAGGUCAAGUUUUCCUGGGAUCCAUGGAGAUAAGGUGGAUGACUUGGGAUGCUGCCAUCCAGAGAGGGAAGCAGAACUAAGUCACCCAAGUUCUGACAAUGAGGACACUGAAGCCAAAGACAAAAAAGCAGUUUCCUUGUCACCUCAAGAUAGCAAUACAUCUAGGACCUUGUCUAACAAUAUUCUGCUUCCUAAAAUAGAGCGGGCCAAUAGUUAUUCUGCAGAUGAAUCCAACUUACUCUACGUGCACACACGGAAAAGCUACUCCAUCAGUGACAAACUUGAUAGGCAGCGCAAUGCGGCCAGCCUUCGAAGUACAUUUCAGAGGAGCAAGUCAUCCAAACCAGAAAGUACAGGAGACACCUUGUCAAUGAGAAGACUCUCUAGAACAGGUGCAUUCCGGAGCUUUGAGAGCAAAUAUUGCUAGAGAUGACAUCUGCUCUUUGGUCCUUCUCUUGAGCAGAAUGAAGUAACCUCAGAUUAUGAUGUGUCAGCAAAAAGCUGGCUUUUACCACCAGUCGAAUUAGCCCUCUUUAAUCUCCGUGCCAGCCACCGAGAUUCUGCCUCUUGACCCAGUUGGCAUUUGCACUUAA